AUGGUCGUUUACAUGUUCGGAGGUCUCCUCAUUCCAGAUACGUGCCCCUUUCCGGCUGAUGGAAGCAGGGAGGCUCGGUUUUGGGUGGGAGUGUGCAUCAAUUUUGUUCUAGGCUUCUUCCUCAAGCUCUCCGCGUGUGCGAUUCAACAGAAAUUGAUCGGCGGACAAUUGGGUACGAACAUAACGGUCAGGCAACUAUGCAGAGUGCAUACACCAGAGAUGAGAACGGUCGAGUCGGUGCUAAAGCAGCCAGGCCUUUCCGUUGGGAAGGUAGCGAUCUUGUGUGGGGGGCCCGACUGGCCGACAUCAGUACUUUGCGGGAUCAUGGGUCUCUCCUUGUGGUCAUGUGAAGUCGGAACGACGCCGAUUAUCUUCUAUAUCAUACCUUGCGCCCUUUGCGGCUCGGCUUACCUGCGGGCCUCUGAGAGCGCCGAGUGGGAGGCGACGGCCAGCGCGAUGGUCUUCGCGACGACUAUUAUUACAGGGCUGCUGUGGGUGAUCAUGGCCUGGGCGGUACAACGAGAGUGGGAGCAGAAGGGCGAGGAGCUCGGGAAGCCGCUGCGCCAGCACGGGGACCUGUGGUUCCUGGACCACAAGGCGGACACCCUCCAGAAGCGCUGCGCGGUGGGCUGGAACGAGCUGCCCCGCACCCUGCGCAAUUGCUUUGCCGCCGGGGCCCUGAUCCAGAUCGUCGCGAACUGGUGCCUCGUCCAGGCCUACUAUUACCUGUUUGGUGACUUUACCGUCAGCGAGGAUUGGGAGAACAUCGAGUGGUAUGCUGGCACGAUGGAUCAGUGCGGUUGCUACGCGGCGAGCGGUACGGUCGAGCGUGACUACUGUGUCUUUGCGGCGGGAGGCAUCGCCGUGACUGUCAUCUAUGGGCCGCCGGAUCUCCUCGGUUGGAUGCCGUACAAGGCCUUGUACCGGUACUGGGCGCGGCGGAAUGUCCAGAUCAAGGAGGAGAUCGACCAGGAGUUGGACGAGGAGUAUCAGAGGCGGUGGUCCGUCGCCUUCUUCCAAGUGGGCCACCUGGGGGAGGACGUCGACGUGGCCAUGGCCGCCUUGGCCCUCCAGGAGCGGGCGCGGCGGCAGCUGCGCGGCGCCGCCCGGGCGGGCCAGCUGCUGCCCGCGGUGCGGCGCGUGCUCGAGGCCUCGCGGGGCCCGGUCGAGGAGCCCGACGGCGGCGAGGGGGAGCGCGGGCCCGUGGCCGUGAGCGCGGCGCCGAAGCGGCAGUGGGCGGACCCCGAGCACGGGGCGGCGAGGUCCCUGGAGCAGCUGGACAGGCGGCUGGACGGCCAGGGUGCGCGGGCCAAGAUGUUCCCGCUGCUGCACUGGUGCAGCCUCUGCAACAGCUCCGGCAGCUUCAUCGAGUUCGGGGAAGGAGAGGCCUCGCCGCAGAACCAGGUCGCGGAGCGCGACGUCAGCAGAGACUUCCCCGUGUGA